AUGAACGGACAUCACACGGCCAGACCCCUCAGACCGGGCAUCAACGUGCCUAUGGUCACCAUCUUUGAUCCCGAAACUGAAGAUGUCGAUGUCAAGGCGGUCGCAAAGCACGCUGUCAGACUUGCUAAGGCUGGCCUGUCCUCCAUUACCUGCCAAGGAUCAAACGGCGAAGCAGUACAUCUCACCAAAGAGGAGCGGAUAUUGGUGACGAGCACUACUCGCAAAGCACUGGAUGAAGCUGGAUUCUCAGAUAUGCCGAUCGUCGUCGGUUGUGGAGCUCAGUCGGUGCGAGAGACGAUUGAUUUUUGCCGAGAUGCCUACCAGGCCGGUGGUGAUGCUGCUCUGGUCUUGCCCCCUUCAUACUACAAGACGGCAUACAAGCCCGAGUCAUUUGUCGAGUUCUUUGAGGGUGUUGCAGAUGGCUCACCGAUCCCCAUUCUCAUUUACAACUACCCAGGAGCAGCCGCUGGUGUGGAUCUUGACUCGGACACCAUUAUUAAAUUGGCCAAGCAUCCCAACAUCCGCGGUUGCAAGCUCACUUGCGGGAACACUGGCAAAUUGAACCGGAUUGCACACGCAGUGAAUGCCGCCAAACCGAACGACCUUGGAUCAGGCUGGUUGUGCUUGGGUGGCUCGGCGGAUUUCACUCUGCAAACGCUGAUUGCUGGUGGCUCAGGCAUUAUCACCGGCUUGGGCAAUGUUGCGCCUAAGGCCUGCGUCAAGGUUUACGACCUGUAUGCACAAGGCAAAGUGGAGGAAGCCCAGAAGCUGCAGGCAAUUGUGGCGCGAGGCGACUGGGGAGUCAUUGCCGGUGGAAUCUCGGGGACCAAGAGUGCGAUGCAGUCAUAUUUUGGGUAUGGAGGCUACGCCCGGCGGCCACUGCCUAAGCCGACCAAGGUUGAGGUGGCUAAAUGGGAAGAGAUGUUGAAGGAGGUUGUCGAGUUGGAGAACUCACUGUAA